CUCGUGUGGGCUCACAUGACUGCCCACAAAACAAAUCCGUGAUUGUCCCUGUGCAACACGAAUUUCAGGGAUCAGUGAGCUAAUGUGCGCUUAGACAGGAGACGAGGUCUGCCAGUCAUGGAUCCUGCUGUUGAUAGAAAGGUGUCAGGUAUUGUUGCAGCUACCUUUACCCCAUUCAACCCAGAUGGUCACAUCAACCCAGCCGUUAUUGGACCUUAUGUUGACUAUUUGACCAAGAAACAAGGCGUUACUAAUGUAUUUGUGAAUGGCACCACUGGAGAGAGCGUGUCUCUCAGCAUGGAGGAGAGGAAGGUGCUGGCAGAGGUGUGGUGUCGAGAAGGCAAGGGCAAACUGGACCAGUUGAUUGUGCAUGUUGGCUGCAUGAGUCUGAAAGAUACUCAAGAGCUGGCUCGCCAUGCAGAAGAAAUAGGGGCUGAUGGGAUAGCAGUCAUUUCCCCAUCCUUCUUCAAACCCAGCACUGCAGAUGCUUUGAGGGAGUACCUUAAGCAAGUGGCUAAAGUUGCUCCAACUUUGCCCUUCUACUAUUAUCACAUUCCAGCCAUGACCGGCAUUAAUGUGAAUGCCAGAGAUGUGGUGGAAGGUAUUGAGCAGCUCAUCCCUUCCUUCAGGGGUCUGAAGUUCUCUGGGACUGACUUGAUGGACUUUGGACAAUGUGUCCGGCUCAGUCAGCCCAACUGGUCGCUCCUCUACGGCGUUGACGAGCAAUUGCUUGCAGGUCUGGCUAUGGGAGCCGAAGGAGCAGUCGGCAGCACAUUCAACUACAUGGGAUGCCACACCAAGCAGCUUAUAACAGCAUUUAAGGCAGGGGACCUUUCCCAAGCCAGGGCCAUUGAGUUCAAGGUGCAAGAGCUUCUCUGUUUUGCCAUUAAGAAAGGGUUCAAUCUGGGAGUAAACAAGCAGCUGAUGAUUGAAGUGUCAGGACUGAGUCUGGGCCCCCCUCGACUCCCUCUGCUGCAGUGCCCUGCUGAUAACAGUCAAGCCAUUGCUAAGAAAUACCACAGCCUUUUCCCUGACCCUUGAUACCAUAUUUACUCUAGAUUACUGACCUCUGCCUGUUCUUUUAUAGCCUAUCAAUCUCUUUGUUGUUCAUGCUUCAGAUUCACUGUAACUACAGGAUGGGUCCAGUUUUGUUCAAUAAAGUGAAAGCCUUACGUUGGUUUGUUGUGUGGGAAGACAAAGAAAACGCACAAAUUAAGCAGUUUUGCACCAGCCAUUUACCUUUUACGCAAAAUUUUACCAUUAGAAAAGAAGGGAACUAAACACACUAAGUGUCUUUUUUUAAACUGAAUGACCAGUCUUGUGCAAACUGUUCCAGACACUUCACUUUUAAACAUGCAUUUCUGUUUUUGUUAUGGUCAACUAGUUCAGCACAAUUUAAAGUAAAACACACACAUUACUGUAUAGAAUACAUUUACUGAAAUUUCUCACCUACGUGCCAUUUCAGUCUGGUGGGACACUCUGGUAUGAGCCACAUUGAGGCCUGCAUGUAGCACGGGGCAAAAUGCAAUUACUUGAGUCAGUACAGUUCUUAUUUCAGUGGGCUUUCUCCACCGACGAGAUUAUUUCCAGACUACAGAUUUAAUCUCCCACUAUUAUUUGCUAACUAACAUUUUGAGCUGAUAAUGUUACUAUAUUUUCAUAAAAUGCACAGAAUCACUAACUUCUGUAUUGCCCAGGGACAUAUUUGUAUUUUUUGUUGCAAAGGGUCUCUUAAGAUCAACAGUGUUCUCUUGAUGUCAUUUUGUACUGUAUGGUUUGUGUAAGAAUCCUUAAAUUGUUAUGUAGAGUAUACUUUUCUAAUCACAGAAAUACAGAGAAUGCAUUAUGAACUAUCUUUGUACUAGUAACAACAAAUUUGUGAUUGGUUUUGAAUAAAUGAUAUGCUGAUCUAU